AUGCCAUCCAGUGCAAUGGCUCCAAACGCACAUGGCAUUCAACAGCGAUCAUUCAACCCAUACACAGAAAAUGGUGGUUCAAUCAUGGCAAUCGCAGGUACAGAUUUCUGUGUGAUUGCUGGCGAUACCCGUCAAAGUGAAGGAUAUCAAAUUCAAACAAGAUAUAAGCCAAAAGUGUUUCGUUUAACAGAUCGUGCUACUUUGGCCACCAAUGGAUUCGCAGCCGAUGCAGAAGCUUUGGUAUCUCGUAUCAAACAACGAUUAGAGAUGUACAGACAUGCACAUGGAAGUAGUAUGCCAAUCGCAGGAAUCGCAAGAAUGAUCUCAACAAUCUUGUACGGAAAACGAUUCUUCCCUUAUUACGUAUAUAAUAUCUUGGGAGGUUUGGACGAACAAGGAAAAGGUGCCGUGUACAGUUUCGAUCCUGUUGGAAGUUAUGAACGUGAGUUUUGCCGGGCUGCAGGCGCUGCUCAAAGUUUGCUACAACCCUUCUUGGACAGUCAAGUGAUGUUCAAGAACCAGCUUUCGACACCACAACGUAAAUUGCCCGAACCUGGAACGAUGAAAUUAGACGAAGUCUUGAAGCUAGUCAUGGACAGUUUCACAGGAGCAACAGAGAGGCAUAUCGAAGUGGGAGAUGGGUUGGAGAUGUUCGUCGUCCGUACACCACCAGCAGAAGGUCAAACGUCACAAGCAGGAUCAGCAAUCUCGACGGAUCUGCAGGCAUGGGGUGCAGUUGAAGCAUUAGGAGGAGAAGAUGAACAGGAGGAGCAAGCCGUUGUUGUGAUUCGCAGAGAACUGAAGAAGGAUUAG